AUGGCAUCUUUCCUGCAGUCUCUGCCGGUCUGCUCGGCUGUUCGCAAGCAGUCGACCGCAGCUCCCCUCUUCCUCAAUGCUUCACAGUUUGUCGCUUCAUCGAGGACAUUUCACUCAUUGAGAUCCGCUCAACACUCCAAAUCAAAGACUUCCGCCCAUCAGUCUCGGACGUUCCUGGUUCAGCUCAAACGGCAAUCCCAGACUCUGAAAGAAACCCCUUCCGCAACAACAGGAGCCGUUCCUCCUCCUGGUGCAAAUCUGCAACUCACAAACCUCCCAUAUUUCAUUCGUCGCACAGCAUCAAACCAGCUCCCCGUAUACCUCGUCACAAAAGCCGGUGGUACCAAGCAACAGACCAAGAUUCAGAAGACGGAAGGUGAUCUCGAAGCAUUGAGAAGCGACCUUGCACGGUAUCUCGGUCUAGAAAGCGGCGACCCGCGUGCGCCAAAAAGCCCGGACGUCACUAUCAACCGCCUCAAUGGCCAUAUUAUUGUCAAGGGUUGGCGGAAGCCUGAGAUUCAAAAGUUCCUCCUGGAGCGUAACUUCUAA